GAUUUGUCAUACCUGUCCAUACUAUACGCUACUAUUCUACUAUUUAUCUACCAGUGCUGCUACGAUAGCCAAGUAAUAGCCAGGUAUGGUGUCUACGGUGCAGUUAGACAGCGCUACGAGAGUCUGGCCAAACUGGCCUUCGAGCACGGCAUGCGGGUCAACGAGUUGGCCUCAUGUGACGAACCAAAACCACAACUAAUCUACUUUAAGGAUCCAAAUAAAGUAUAUUUGCCACGGGCGACACUAUUGCACCGGUGCAGUGACCUGACCGGGUGUUGUCCGCACUCGACACAUACCUGUGUAGCACUGGAGACCAAACUGGUCGACCUUUACUUCUAUACGAUAAUGUUGAAGACCGACCAACUGAAUCCGCGUCGGAUGUCUCACAUGCAAAACAUCGACAGAAUUACUUUAGCCAACCAUACAAAGUGCGGCUGUCGGGCCAGACCAGACUCACGGUUCGGAUCGUCCACACAAAUGGAUAGAGAACACUAUGAUGCAUAA